AUGAGUGCCCAUACUAUGGAAUCAACGUCUAUUUUAACGGAACAUUUUGAUUAUCCACCAAUUUCAAUUAUUGACGACAUAAUAAAUGCUGUCAACCUUUUAAUGUAUAAGUGCACUCAAGCAAUGGAAAAUUAUUUGCUAAAAACUAUUCAAGAUGAAGAUAAAGCUCAAGCCACUGAGGCCAGCAUUGAAAAAAAAAUGUUUUUGGAACAAGAAAUUAAAAUUGGAACAGCAAAACUCGAAAGUUUAUUGGAGCAUGCAAUCGAUAAAAAUUUCGAUAAACUAGAACUAUAUUUAUUGAGAAAUAUUUUAAACAUUCCAGACUUGGAUGAACGUUUUUUCAGAUUAAAACACCAAUUGAAUCUAGAAAAGAUCGAUGAUUACCAACUAAAAAAUAGCGAGGAAAAGGUUAACUUAUUAUUAACUGAAAUCAAUAUUCAAAUAAGGUAUAAUAAACAAUUGUCUUUGAGAUUACAAUCUUUUAAAGAACUUGAAGAAAAGACCAUAAAAUUUAAAGAAUGUUUGAAUCAAUUUUUUCAACUUUAUGAUCAUGAUGACAAUGAGCUAUUGUUACAACAAAUUCAACCUAUAGAUACCACCAUAAAAUUUUUAAAUUCCCAAAUAUUACAAAUAACCAAAGAGUUAGAUAAAACUAAUGAUAUUAAAAAGUUAUAUGAACAAUAUAAACUGAGUACACAAGCCAACAGCAGUGGUGCUACUGGCUGCUUGACCAGUUCGAGAAUACAAUACAUGAGUUGGUUAGAUAGAAAUAAUUAG